GCCCAGUCCGGUAGAGCACGGCGCUGACGUCACGGGGGAGGGGUUUGAAUGACGGCGGGCGCGAGCCGGGCGGUUGGUGAAGUCCAGCGGUUCGUGCGGGGGAUGGAGGCGAACGUCGUGCGCGAGUCCUGGUCAUUUCCUGAUCCUUUAGCAAGUCAAACCUUCAAGGAAGAGCAGAACCAAACCAAGACAAAUACUGGACAUCCAGAGAACAUUGCAUUUGUAUUGGUACCUGUUUUCUUUCUUACGGGUCUUUUAGGGCUACUAAUUUGCCAAGUUCUAGCUAAAAAAGGCUACAGAUGCACAACGGAUAGAGAAUCGGUGUGUGAGGAGAAUGUUCCUGAGGCAGAAAUUGAUUUGCAUGAUGCUAGUGAGUGCAAUGCUGACACCGUUGGACAAAUGGUGCAUUAUAUUAUGAAAAAUCCAGCCAAUGCUGAAGCUUUGCAUGCUAUGUUGGACAAUAAGUUAGAAAGUCCUUCGAGUCCCAAUGGUCCUCCCAGUCCUGUUACUCCUGAAAGUCCUGUCACACCUUUAUCACCAACUGGAAGCCCUACAAAGAACAAUUUUCAAGGACAUCAUCUACAUACUGUUGGUGGAGCAGCAGGGAAAAGCUCUUGUUCACGUUGCACCCAUCGGAAGUCAAGGAAUACAAGAGAAUUUAGGAAGAGUCGACCUGGGGAGGUCACAGUAUUAUCCGUGGGAAGAUUUCGAGUUACACACGUUGAUCCAAAAACACGUUCCAGUAAUCAAAAAGGGUUGGUUCCUGUGCCUCCAGAAGGUGCCAGUGGUGAGGUCAACACCACCCACUUAGGUGUCCAAGAGGUGCUAAUCUCACCAGGGAAACUAGAUGCAAAAGAGGAAACUGAAGCUCUGCAGUAAGUUGUAUAAUCAGCAGUCGAAAUCACUUCAACCAAGAGCAGACAAGAGAAGUGUUGCAUGUUUCUGAAUGAAAACCAAAAUAUGGAAUUGACUUUUGCAUCAAGCUGUGUACAUAUGGUCUUUUUAAAUGUUUCCAAUGUUUUUACAAUGCUAUUGUAUGGUUAUCCAUAUGACAAACUAGCAAUGGCCAAAGCACAUAAUUUGAUUUUGUUCUUUUAGAAUCAUAAAUCCUAUGUAUUUGCAUAGAAUGGUCAGUGUAAUUGCUACAAAUCUUUUGCCAUAAUUUUGAAAUCCUUUAUGUUGAACUCACUGAUACUUAAUAUAUUUCUUUUCCUAAAACCUUGUGCUAAUUCUCUAAAUGUGUUUCAAAAGUUUAAAAAAAUCUAAUUAACACUAAUUGAACUCUGUACAGUUAGAUGAGUUUUUAUGCCUUUAAUUCAAGUGAGCGAGUAUGUUUGUACAUCUGAUGGAUGACAUAAUUACCAUCUUUUUCCAACAUUAACAACAUAAAACAAAACCUGUAUAUGUGUAGUGGUAGAAUGACCAUAAAUGAAUGACCAAUUCUAGGAAAUUUAAUUUCAAAGUGUCUCAAACUGAUUUAAAAAAAAACUGACUAAAGUUUUAGUCAACCUAAUAUUGAGGUUUAAUGUACAAGUGGUGCCCAAAAUCAACCCUGUUAUUUUCUUUUUCUUUUGCAAUGUAAAACACAGCUGAUAUAACUAUAUAAGAAAAGUGUAUAUUUAAUCUUUUUAAAUUGAGAAAGGGGAACAAUUACAUAAAAUUUGUGGCUUAUCCAAUGAAAAAACUUUGUGCCUUAAAAAAAAUCUCUAUGCUUGCUUCAUAUCUGGAUGGUCUGAGAAUAGGAAUAACAAUAAUAAGUUUUAUAUUAUAAUUAAGAAAUAGCAUUUAUUUCUAUUUGCAGUAGAAGCAAUUCCAAUACAAAGUUUGUGUAUCCCUGAAAUCUUUGUUUGUUUCUGCUCCCUAAGUUGGAUAAUUUCAACCUGAGGUGCUGCAGUUGACUAUGGUGCUACAGAAAGGGAAAAAAAAUCAGCAAGAUAACCAUUUGUUGUUUGCUUCAAAUCUUUCUGCAUUUACAGCCAUUUGACUUAAGCUCUGAGGAAUGAAAACAUUGGAAUUGGCUCUAUUGCCCUCACAGAAGCCUGAAAUGAGUUCCCAAUAUUGCAAAAAAUCACUUAAUUGAGGUACCAAAGGGCAUAACAAUCUCAUGAACUCUCGGCAAGGAUUUGAGCAAAUUGCAGUAGUUUGGGUGGGAUGGUGGUGGGAAGGGAAAUUAAAUGUAAUGUAUUCUAAUAUGUCUGAUGGACUUGCAAAGAUGUGAACCUAAAGGUAUCUAUACAUUUCCGCUUGAAUAUAUUAAUUUUGGCUUGCUCCUUAAAUAAGUGUAGAUGCUUAAUUUUUAAUUUUAAUAUUUCUAUGCAGAGAUUUCUUUCAUACCUUUUCAAAUGUUAUAGAACAAUAAGUGGGUCAGUAGAGCUCCACAAGUUUACUUUUUAGAAUUCAGUAGUGUUUUGAUGCAGUUAAGAGGAAAAAAUAUAUUCUUGUACUGCACAUAUAAAUGUGAUUUGUUUCACAAGUAUUCCUGAGUGAAGAAGACUUUGCAAAUUGACAUGUGGGUGGUAAAUAUCAAGCAACAAAAUGGAUAAGAAAUCAACCUGAAUAGAUGAAAACAUUGUUUUCUUUGCUCAACAAAGUAAAGCUGACUUGUUAGUUUAUGAAUUAUAUAACUAACCACUGCAAAAUGCUAAUGGAGCUCAAUAUUUGUAAAUGUAGUGCUUCCUUUGUAAAACAAAACACAGCUGCUUUUGUUAAAACUCUUAUACAAUACAGUAAAAACCAAAAAAUAAUGUACAGCUAUGCAAUUCAAAUCAGAAAAUCAGAGGUACAAGACCUGAUCUUUUUUUUUUUAGCAUGUUUGAUACUUAGACACUAAAAUUGCCAUGAUUUCCCCUGAAAUAGUAACUAAGGUUCCCACAGUUAAUUUGCUGACCAAUAGUCACUGCUGGAAGGAAUGGACAUAUCUGGACAUGAAAUGAAAACGUCAUCAAGCAUGGUUGUGUUGCUCUGCAUGGAAAAUAACCUGCUGGUUGUUACUGUGCAGAAUUGCGUAUGGAAAAACUGUCAACUGGUCACAUUGCUUGAGGGGAAAAAAGGAUGGUUAAGGUGCAAGGAGUGUCAACAAUUAAAAUCUUGGCAUCUUUUAAGGAAUGGAAUUUUCACCAGUAGCUAAACUUGGAAAAAUGUGGCCCUGUAAAGCUGGUCAGUACCAGCACCACUGCCAACACAAUAAUUGUUUACUGCACAAUAUCCAGACAUGAUAAAAUAGUACCAAGAUAUGCUUGUAUAGUGUUUACAUUGAAUUUAUGUGCAAUAAAGUUCAUUUAACGUAUAGCUUGCAUCUGCUGGCACUGUGCACACAUAUAUGGUAAAAAGGCAGCUUUUAUUGGAUUGCCACAUUAUAUGUUGCAAUACUUGGUAUUCUGACUGCUUCUCAUGCUUUGCAGAAAUUUUAUUCGAAGUUGCAAAAUCAUACAGUUUUGAGUUGUUGAAAUGGCAUCUUGGAAAAUUAAGCCAUUAAGGCUUCAAAUGUGUGAUUGUAGUUCAUGGGUUCAGGAAAUCUUUGCACAUGGGUAAUUGAACUGAAUGAAGGAACCUUUUGAGUUGACAAUCACUUACUAGUUCACUUUGUGAUAACUUUUCAUCUAGCAAUAAUAGUUUAAGACACAUUCUUUGGAAGUAAAUGAAAAUGUGUGGUGUCAUGCAACUAUUAAAGUUGGAUUAAAAAAAAAUAACCUGGUUGUUACUGUGCAGAAUUGUGUAUGGAAAAACUGCCAACUGUAACAUGAAACAUUUAACAAUAAUUGAGCUAUUUUGCCCUUUGGUGGUACACUUGAGGAUUUAAUGUCAAUGAUGUGGACUCUAAGGUUGUUCUUUUGUGCAAUAUUUUGUUUAAAACAUCAUGUGAUGUAUUAAUUUUAUGACUUUGUAUCCAUUAUUUUGAGGGCUUAUUUUGUAUACAGUAUUUUUCCUUUGCAGUUUUGUGUUCUGUGUACAUAUCUUUGGCAUAUUUUCUGACUUUGCAAGUAUCACAUUUUUAAGUAUUCCACCAUACUUUUUGAAUAAUACCACAAAUGAUUUGUGGGGGGGGGGGGGGGGAAUACGUUAGGUGCAGAGGUGAUGCAGGUAGAGGUCAAUAGAGAGCAAUAUUGUAAAUCUAUAUUUAAGACUACAAUUUAAUACUGAAAUGUCUAUAGUAUAUACAUGAUAAAAUAUCUUGUUGCUGUAGUCUAAAUGGAUAUUGGCCUUAAGAUUUUUCAAAUAAAUUUACUAAUCAUUUUACAAAAUUUAGUUAACUCUUUUUGAAUAAAAUCUUGGAAAC